GUGACUGCGGCGGAGCUUCAUUCGACUGUUGAGUACAGUUUGACACAGCCAUGUCUUAUCUGUACGUAUACCAUACUACCGUACAAUUCUCUAGCAUAUAAACCCGGAAAAUCAGCAUAACUGAAGUUGUCGUGCUGCUAAACACUGCGGGUUUUCUCUGUGUGUAAUAUUCGGUACGUUGUAAAAGUGACUGGAUACUGCACGUUACUUAUACUAUGGAAAUUUUAAGUGUAUCAGUGAUGCGGUGUUUGCUCGCGGUCUUGUUAAUCUGUUUUUCGUGCCUUUUUCAUUUUGCAACGUGUUCGUUUGAAUUAGCCGUCAUUCACACCAACGAUAUUCAUGCGCAUGUUGAGGAAAUGAACAAGUAUUCUUCUGAGUGCAAACAGAAAGAAAAAGAUGCGGGUCUUUGCUAUGGCGGUAUUUCAAGACGCGUUACUAAGGUGAACGAUCUAAGGAAGCAGUAUCCUUCACACUCGGUGCUCCUAAAUGCCGGAGAUAACUUUCAGGGUACUUUAUGGUUCAAUUAUUAUAAAGGAUUAGUUGCUGCCAAGUUUAUGAAGGAACUAGGUUACGAUGCCAUGGCCCUCGGUAACCACGAGUUUGACAAUGGAGUCGCUGGGUUGGUGCCAUUCUUGGACAAUGUGACGUCAGUGUUUCCUGUGCUCAGUUGUAAUCUCGACCUUUCUGCAGAACCGAGACUAAAGGACAAAAUAGGCAAACAUACCAUUUUGACAGUUAAUGGACAACGAAUUGGAGUCAUCGGCUUCACGACCGAGGAGACAUCCUUCAUUUCUAAUGCAGAUAAGACUGUGAAAUUCAAAAACGUCGUGUCAUCUGUGAGGGCCGAGGUACAGGAGUUGACCAGACAGGGCAUUAACAAAAUCAUUGGUCUUGGUCACUAUGGUUACGGGCAUGACAUGAAGCUGGCGGCGGAAGUGGAGGGAUUAGAUGUGAUUGUUGGCGGGCAUAGUCACACAUUCCUGUACACGGGUACCCCUCCUUUGAAUGACGUACCAGAGGGGCCCUACCCGACCGUGAUCACCAAGGACAACGGCGAGAAGACAUUGGUGGUGCAGGCGUACUGGUCAGGCAAAUACCUCGGUUUCAUUAACGUCACGUUUGACGACAGGGGGCGCGUAACAAAAUGGCAAGGUGCCCCGAUACUGCUCGACAAUUCCAUUGCUAAAGACCCUGCCACUGAGGCUGAGGUUGCAGCUCUGUUGGUACCCCUUGCCCACGAGAAGAGUGUAGUGAUGGGGAAAACGGCAGUGUACCUUGAAGGAAGCAGUACCGUGUGUCGACUGGGAGAGUGCAACAUGGGAAACCUGGUAACUGAUGGGAUGGUAGAUUACUUCGUCGGAAGGCAGACAGACAACGCGUCGUGGACCGAGGCUGCCAUAGCUAUAAUAAACUCAGGAGGAAUCAGGGCGCCAAUCGAACAAGGCAAUAUUACUCGAGGUGAACUAUUGACUUUGAUGCCGUUCGGAAAUACCGUUGACGUCAUUGACAUCAAAGGGAAAUAUCUGCGCCAGGCAUUGGAACACUCAGUGGAAAAUUAUAGUCCUAUUGACAAACCUGGUGCAUUCCUUCAAAUGUCAGGUCUUCUGGUGAAGUAUGAUCUCUCCAAGCCUAAGGGUCAUAGAGUUGUGUCGGUAGAAGCAAGAUGUCAAGAGUGUUUGAUUCCUGCUUACAGUCCCCUAGAUGACACAGACGUAUACAGAGUUGUGGCCCAGGCCUUCAUCAUAAAGGGUGGGGACGGUUAUUCUGUGCUACAGGACCACCACGAAAGGUGGUACCAAUACAAUUUCCUGGAUAUUGAUGUGCUGUCGGAGUACCUGAAAAAAUUCAACCCAGUAACAUCUGGUCUUGAAGGGCGUGUCCAGUUCACCAACUCCUCAUACUCAGAUACACCAUGUCCAGUUGGUGUGGCAGGUCACAUGACCUUCAACCCAUUUAUCCUAUUUGUGAUUGUCUUGUCUGUUGUGCUUUCAUCAUGAAGUUUUGUCACAAAGUCUAUUUUUAAUACACAUCGCUGUAUCCAUUGUUACACAAAUGGGUUUUUAAACACAUUCCUUGCGAUGUUGUACAUGUAACACAGGCAAUUAAUUGAAAAACCUGUAGCUAAACUGAUAGUUUCGUGAGCUGAGGAGGAACUUGUCAUAAUGUAUAACAAUAUUAAGACUGAUAAUUAUAGCAGUUUAUCUGAAGGCCUCAAUAUCUCACCUUUCUUCAUAUUUAUGAAAUUAAAACAAAUUGACAGCAUUCAAACUUAUAUGAAAUAACAAAGUUUAUAUAGACUAUGAGCUUGCUUAGUGAAGUCUUUUAAAGUUAUCCAUCUGUAUUCUUCCAGUCAUUUUAAUGUACUUGCCCCAUGAUUCUUAAGGUUCAAAAAAUCCCCCUAAAAGAUGGUAUAGUCGCCCAAACGUUCAACCUCUGAUAAGUCGCAUUCAAAGACUCCCAAUUAUAUAUCGAAACCCUGAUACAGUGUUAUAAGGAUGUUUAUUGAACUCAGCAAUGUUUACUUAGCCUGCAAUAAGCCUUAGUGCUGCAGAUGUCAUAAAAACAUUACACAAGACUUAUUACAUGUCAAUCUCCUUUGCGAACCGACUGAUUGCCACGCGAUGACUGUAUAUUAUGUUUAUUUAUACCUAGGUAUUGCAGAGUUUGGGUUCUUUUUUUUUAUUAGCUGUGGACCGGAGAGGCAUACUGGCCUCAAACUAAGAUAGGUGUUGCCAUUUGAAACCACUGAACUCAUAAUGAAAUUCCCCAGUAAUAUAUUUGAGCAGAUUACGAAUAAGAAAAUGAAAGCAAAGUGACCUAAAUUGAUAAAUGAUGUGCCAUUAAUGAUUUGAUAAAUUCUGUGAUGUUAUAAAUGCGCUAGACACUAUUGUAAGCAUUGUGACUGAUUGAUAUGUGUUAUUGUAUUUAUAACAUGUCUAGCUUUUAUAAAACAACAUUAAAUGUAAUAAAAGGACACCUUAUUUAAAGCUUAUUUAUUCAUGACUGUCACAAGGUCCUUGGUUUUGCAUAUACAUUGUAUAUACACCGGUAAAAUAUGUUCCUCAGGCAUUCUACAAUGACUUUUCAUUCCCAUAGUCACUAUAAUCUCGGUUUGAAGCCGGUAUGUACACAGCAAGUUCAAAUGAACUUUAGAUACUGUGAUUUUGUAGUAAUUAGUUUAGUCGCUAAGAGAUUGACAUUCAAACAAAAGGUCAAAUGUGUUAAAAUCUUAAAACAGAUUCUAACAUUUUGUUUGUGUUCCGGAUCCGUGACUUUGAAGCAGAUGGUAAUGGCGACCAUCAGACCUACAUUAUGUAGUCAUAGAGUUUCUUGUGUAGUUGCGGGUGUGAAAGUUUUCGAGUUCAUCCAUAUCAAUGACAAAAUCCAAUAUGACAUCAUGGUUUUGAUUGGCUAGGACAAUAUUUUUAAAAAAUCAUUUCAGCAUUAAAAAUAGUUUGCCAUCAACAUCAUAUAAUCUACCUCUUGUUUACUCACUGUAUGUCAUAUUGACAUUUAAUUCUCUGAUUUAUGUUCUGUAAUCCCAUUCAUUAUCAAAAUAUCAAAAUGAAAUCCUGCAUCUUGAGUGUAUUUGUCAGAGAACACACAGGUUUAUAGGUAUAAGUCAGGUGUUGGGUUUUUCAUGUAUGCAUGAUGUAUAAAUGCCCAGUUAAUGCAGGUUUGUCAAACGUGUGUGUUUGAUUCACUUACUUGUUUUGUCAUGUAAUAAAAUGUUUUCUGC